ACCCCACCACUCACGCACCUCCGGGCAGCUUUCUGUUCCUUUCCCAGAUGAACGUAAUUUACGUUUCAGAGCUUCGCCGUAGUUCGGCGCGGCGAUUAUUUCGCCUUUUCUCUGUUACUCCAACGCCUUAGGGGAGAAAUUUACAAAAGACGCAGUUAAAGUCGAAGCUCGACUAAUGCUGUGAUUACCAUGAAAAUAUUUGAUUUGAGGUGAGGUGGGAGUAUUGUUAGAACCCAGCCUCGUUUGUCAUUUUUCUUUUUAUAGUUUGUCACUCUGAGAGUGGCAUCCAUCUGAUUUUUGUUGUAGUUCUACGGAUUUUGAAAAUAAAUAUCCCGCUUUGGAAUUUUAUAUGUAAAGUUAUUUUGUUUUAGGUUUAUUAGGAGAACGGGUAUUUCUUGCAAAUCCAAAACACUCGGUAUCCAUGUACAAGCUUUAUAAGAGCUAAGAUGAGAGAAAUCAUGUUAGUCCAAAAAAAAAAAAAAACUUAUUUUUCCUGACAAUCAUGCCAUGUGUAUAUCGCACCAGAUGUUUCCUUCUAUCCAAAACUUACUAGUGCUUUAUAUCAUACGUGCAUGCACUAACUACUUUGCUUAAUCUAAACAUUCUAGCAGUUUCAGUCCUGAAAGCGUAGCAUCUCCCAGAAUGCCGUGAAUGUGAGUUUUUGGAAUAUAUCUGAGUGCAAUUUGUACUGGAAAUUUUGAUGAGGAAAAUAAAAUUUCUUAAAUGAGCUCCUGCCUACUCACACAACAGAGAAACCGCACGCAUGUGAGGUAGGUAAAAGUAAUUUAUCCAAAAGCCUCAAUAAAACUUGCAUUUCCUUCUUAAUGCAGGAUAAGAUGUAAUUAUAAUGUGAGGCAUGUAACUAAUCAUUUGCAGAUAACUGUACUUUCGAAGUCCAUAUGCUUAUUCACACAAAAGAGAAACCUCGUGUAUGCAGUGUGUAACAAAUCAUUUAGACUAAAGUGUUAUUUAAACAAUCAUACACGUAUUGACACAGGACAGAAACUUUGUGUAUGAUGUUAUACAGCAAGUCAUUUAGACUGUAUGGUUCUUUAGACGAGCAUCUGCAUGUACAUACAGGAGAAGAAAUGUGUGUAUAUGGCAUGUAAGUAUUCAUCUGAACGAAAGACCACCUUAGACAUGAACAUGUGUAUACAUGCAGGGAAGAAACCUUAUGUGUGUGUGAUAUGUAAUAAAUCACUUGCUCAAAAAUGUGAUUUAAACAAGCAUAUGCUCCUUCACACAGGAGAGAGACCUCAUGUAUGUGAGGUAUGUAACAAAUCAUUUGCUCAAAAACAUACUUUAAACAACCACAUCUUUCUUCACACAGGAGAAAAACCUCAUGUGUGUGAGGUAUGUAACAAGUCAUUUGCUGGAAAAGGUGGUUUAAAUAGGCAUAUACUUAUUCACACAGGAAAGAAACCUCAUUUCUGUGAUGUAUGCAAUAAAUCGUUUACUCAAAAAGGUAAUUUAAACGAGCAUAUGCUUCUUCACACAGGAGAGAGACCUCAUGUGUGUGAGGUAUGUAACAAGUCAUUUACUCUAAAAGGUAAUUUAAACAAUCAUAUGCUUCUUCACAGAGGAGAGAAAGCUCAUAUGUGUGAGGUAUGUAACAAGUCAUUUACUCAAAAAGCUCAUUUAAAUGACCAUAUACUUAUUCACACACGAGAGAAAAUUCAUGUGUGUGAAGUAUGUACUAAGUCAUUUACACUAAAAUCUAAUUUAAAGAAGCAUAUACUUAUUCAUACGGGACACAAACCUUAUGUGUGUGAGGUAUGUAAUAAGUCAUUUACUCAAGCACGACCUUUAAACGAACAUAUACUUAUUCACACGGGAAAGAAACCACAUGUAUGUGAGGUGUGUAACAAGUCAUUUGCUAAAAAAGUUAAUUUAAAUAACCAUAUGCUUCUUCACACAGGAGAGAAAGCUCAUGUGUGUGAGGUAUGUAACAAGUCAUUUGCUCAAAAGAGUGCAUUAAAACAACAUUUGCUUCUUCACACUGGAGAGAAACCUCAUGUGUGUGAGGUAUGUAACAAGUCAUUUGCUCAUAAGAAAACUUUAAACAACCAUAUGCUUCUUCACACAGGAGAGAAACCUCAUAUGUGUGAGGUAUGUAACAAGUCAUUUACUCAAAAUUCUAGUUUAAAAAAGCAUCUACUUAUUCACAUCAGAGAGAAACUCCAUAAGCUAGAUGUGUAACAGAUGACUUGGGUUAUAGAAAAAUUGAGAAUGAAAAAGUUAGAUUAAUAAGGGCAUUUGCUUAUGUGUGCAAUACAGACCAUGCUAUAAGGAAAUGUUUUUCUAUGUGUGUUCAACUUUUCAUUUCGUUUUAAUUUUUAAUAAACGAUUUAUUUGUUUCCAUGAGAGAAAAAACCUGAUGUUUGGGACAUAAGCCACAAGUCACUAUAAAGUGCUUCUAAGUUAAAGCAACAUUUACUUAUCCGUAGUAUUUAAUGAGUAGUGAAAAUUUUAAGCACCAUAUUCGAAGAAUGAGAAAUUAGACAUUGAUUAUACUGUUCUGAAUAAAAAAAUUUAAUUUUA